GAACGCGCCCGCUCUCCUCUUCCGCAGAGUAUCGCACAGCAGCAGCAGUAGCAGUCAGCGGGAGGAUGGAUGGACCGGGCUCGUUUGGAGCGGGCCGAGCCGGUUCGGCCUUUGAUCCGAUCGCAUUCGUCAAACAACCUCAGACAAUCCUAAGAGUGCUGGCAUGGAUCUUCUCCAUGGUGGUCUUUGCUUCUAUAAUAAAUGAGGGCUAUGUGAAUAUGGGCAGCGAGCGACUACACUGUGUCUUUAAUAAGAACGCAGACGCCUGUAACUAUGGUAUCACGAUAGGAAUUGUGGCUUUCUUAGCCAGUGUCUUCUUCCUGGCCCUGGACGUCUACUUCCCCCAGAUCAGCAGUGUCAAAGACAGAAAGAGGGCAGUGUUGUUGGAGAUUGUUUUUUCAGGAUUUUGGACGUUCCUUUGGUUUGUAGGAUUCUGUUUUUUGGCCAAUCAGUGGAGCCGUACGUCCCCUAAGGAGCUGCCGCUGGAGCAGGCGUCAGACGCAGCACGAGCAGCUAUUGCCUUCUCUUUCUUCUCCAUCCUUACCUGGGCGGGGCUUACGGUGUGCGCUGUUCAGAGGUUCCUGCUGGGUACAGACAUGACACUGUUCUCCACCGAGCCUGUGGGCGACCAGGCACCCAAGCAGCCGUACCCCUCCAACGAUGUAAUCGGUCAGACUACCGUCCCCGUCAACGCUUACCAGAGUCCGCCGCUCAUCGAGACCGUGGAGACCCGCCCCCCUGGAUACAACAUCCCGCCAGCCUUUUAAUCCACAACCAAUCAGAAGACAAGGAAUAUAGCAGCGCUAAAGGACAGAGUAUAGACUGCCGUCAAUGUUAGCUAAAUGUAUUGUCUCGUAUCGCGUUUUAGUAACAAGGUGGCGAAGGGAUGAUGCUCGCCUCUGUAAUCCGCACUAUAAUACAGAAUUAAAUGAUAAUGUAGUCUCACGUUAACUUGAGCAGAAGUGGAUGUUUUGGGACAUUGAUUGUCUUUGCCUACCCACACGUUUUACAUUUACAGUCAGCAACAAAUUA